AUGUCUGUGGAUCCCUUAUCCAGCAAAGCCCUGAAGAUCAAGCGCGAGCUGAGCGAGAACACGCCGCACCUGUCGGACGAGGCGCUGAUGGGGCUGUCGGUGCGCGAGCUGAACCGGCACCUGCGGGGGCUGUCGGCCGAGGAGGUGGCGCGGCUCAAGCAGCGGCGGCGCACGCUCAAGAACCGCGGCUACGCCGCCAGCUGCCGCGUGAAGCGCGUGUGCCAGAAGGAGGAGCUGCAGAAGCAGAAGUCCGAGCUGGAGCGCGAGGUGGACAAGCUGGCGCGCGAGAACGCCGCCAUGCGCCUGGAGCUGGACGCGCUGCGCGGCAAGUGCGAGGCGCUGCAGGGCUUCGCGCGCUCCGUGGCCGCCUCCCGCGGGCCCGCGGCGCUCGUGGCGCCCGCCAGCGUCAUCACCAUCGUCAAGUCGGCCCGGAGCCCGGCCCCCGGCCCCGCCCCGGGCCCCGGCCCCGCCCCGGGCCCCGCGCCCGCGCCCGCGCCCUGCUCCUAG